UGCGUUGCGGAGCAGGACAGAGGGGGUUCUCUGAUAGGGCAACAAAAGUUUACACAACCAUAACCCAUCUUGUUACCCUUUCAAGUAUCAGAUUCUCCUACGUUUGAUUUAUGCUCGAUUGGAAGAUGACCACGGCCGUGGUGUCGCCUUUCUUCGACUUUAGCGAAGUGAUCAACAACAAGAAUAUAAUGCUGAACUACAAUAACAACAUCCUCAGUACUCCGCACCCUGCCUCUGUCCCUUGCACAGGGGUCAAUCUGACCAUCUCCAACCCCGCCGGGAGCCUGCUGGACAGGAAGGCUGUGGGGACACCCUCCACUGGUGGGGUUUACCAGCGCCGGCACUCGGUCACUUCGGCUAGUACCAAACUCAACCAAAACCAGUUCUUGAACAUUGCAAAGGUAGAUCCAUCCCUGCUCAACUCGGGGACAGGCAGCAGCAACAAAGAGAACCGGCUUCGAGACCGUUCUUUCUCAGAAACGGGGGAUCGCCUGCUACAGAAGUGUUCAGGCCCUGGAGGCCCCAACAGUCAGGUCAACUCCAGCCGCUACAAGACAGAGUUAUGCAGACCUUUUGAGGAGAAUGGCGUCUGCAAGUACGGUGAUAAGUGCCAGUUUGCCCAUGGCAUUCACGAGUUGCGAAGCCUAAGCCGCCAUCCCAAGUACAAGACGGAGCUCUGCCGCACAUUCCACACCAUCGGCUUCUGCCCCUACGGCCCACGUUGCCACUUCAUCCACAAUGCGGAAGAGCGCCGUGGACCUCCACCUACUCCGUCCCCCCUUUCGGCCUCCAAUAAGAUGGAGCGGCCGCGCCUGCAGCACAGCUACAGUUUUGCGGGGUUCCCCAGCUCAGGAGGCCUGCGGGACAGCCCCACCUCCAUCACCCCUCCACCUAUGUUUUCCCCUGACGAGCUACCAGAGUGGCCUAGCAGCAACCCCUUCACGUAUUCCAGCCAGGAGCUGGCCAACCUCUUCAGUCCCAGCCUGGGCAGUGCACCUUUGUCUUGCUCCGACCCCUCCACCCAGGCACCAUCCUCUCCAACCUCAACCCCUUACUACUUCAGGGCUAUGUCAGAGUCUCCCCAGCUCUUUGAGUCUCCAUCCAGCCAGCCUGAUUCUUUGUCUGACCAGGAGGGCUACCAGAGCAGCUGUGGCGGAAGUCUGAGUGGCUCAGAAUCGCCCAUCCUCGACACCACCCGGCGGUUGCCCAUCUUCAGCAGGCUUUCCAUCUCUGAUGACUAAAGCACACUGAGCCAGACACCAUUACCCACUUUCCACUGCAUGCAGCAGUCUUCGGCAGAGAGGAUGAGAUGCUAGCACUCCCUCUACUUCUUGCCAUUUCUCCGGCCUUCUAGAAGCUGUAGACUUCCCUCCUUGUGUCACCUCCGUUCUGAAAACGAUGCAGUGAAUUAAGGGAUUUUUCUUUUUCGGAAAACUCUUUUUAACCAGAACAAGCUAAAACACUCCCAGCCUUAAAAACCCUCCUGUUUUUCCGGGCCUCGUCUUGCAGAGCCCCUGCAACGUUCUUGGUGUGACUGUGCCAAACACGCAGAGUAGGAAGUGGAUUAGCAAAAUGCUAAUCGUGAGAGGUAUGAGACUGUUGUGCCAGGUGCCACUGCUACAGUCGAGUGUAGCAGAACCUGUGGCACAGUUCAGGGAGAGAUCUGCACACUUCCCCCUUUGCAAAUUGCCACUCUUCUCAAGGACACUCUUUCAUAACUAACUAAAGUUUACAAGUGUCAUGCUUAGACCCUUUAACAACUGUCUUUGUAGACCUGCUUAAAGCAAAAAGAGGAAAAAAUUGUGAAAACAAAGUGCCUGGGGUUAAGUGAUGGGGUGAAUGGACCAAUGUUUCUUUCUUUUCUUUUUUUUUUUUUUUUUUUGUCCUUGUGGCCUGAUUAUGUAGCGCUUGUUUUGAGUGGUUGCUCCCCUCCUUUGAAAUUGCAGACUACACCAGUCUGCAGGAAGGACUUCCUCUCAUGAGGGUUGAAUGAAAUAUUCCAGAACUCCAGGCACAUUUAAUGUUCAAUCAGGUGCUAUAUGCUCCAUGUCUUAUAAAGCCAGCACAAAAGAUGGGAUGGGAUUUUUCCACUCAAAAACAAACAAUUCCUUAUGUUUUUGUUAUUACCCCAUUUCCCAUUAGUUGGUGGUUAUUUAAUGUUUCUUGGGAAGGGAAUCUUUUAUUAAACUUCUGUCCCACCUCAAAAAAAAAAAAAAAAAAAAAAAAAAAUGGAGGGGGAAUUCCAUCAUUCCCAAGGUGCAGUUGAACAUCUUUGCAGCUUCACUUUAGUUCUUCAUCCAAGCAAGCUUUUUCCAUAGAUUCUGCUCAGUGGAGCACUUUGUAAUUUCAUCACUCAUCUAUUCGCCUCUUGGUUUUUGAUUUUUAUUAUGGUCAUUGUUUAUUAUUAUUAUUAUUAUGGUUAUAUUAUUGUUUGAAAACCUUCUGGAGUAGAAGGUUUUGCUUGUCACUGCUUAUUUAACUUAUCAAAAAACAUAUUUAUUGGUGAUCAUAUGCAUUUUUUUUUCUUUUUAAAAAAAAAAAAAUUUUUGUUUGUAUUUAUCUUGAUAAUGAAACAAUAGAAUAUAUUUUCUUUUAUGUUAAAUUAUGAUCUUCUGCAUUAAUCUUAAGAUUGUGAAGAUGUGUCAGCUUUCUUUUUUUUUUUUCACAAUUUAAUAUAUUGUACUAUUACUUUUGUUGGCAACUACACUUAAAAUGAAACUUAAUUUAAAAGCAAAAGCAAAAAAUCCUCUGCAUUUUGAUUUAUUUAUUGUAGAUUUAUUAUCAUUCCCAAAUAUUUGACUGCAAAAUCAGUACUACCAUACAUUCAUUCCUUGAUAAUUGAACUAACGAAAGAGCAUCAAUACCGUUGUUUUAUUUUAAAGUUUUCAUCCACCCUCUUCACCUGUUUUUCACACUUGAGGCAAGCCUUGUCCCCACUGGUAGCGGAAUGAUUUUUCCCAACCAUUUAAUAAGAACUGAGAUUUUCGCCACCAUUAAGUAUUGAAUAUUUACAUUUUGUAGUGAUGACAACUUGGAUUAUCAGUCCGCUUUAAAGAAUGUUUGAGCCUGGUCAUAGAUUUGAUAUAAUGUGGAAGAAAUUUGAAAAGCAAUUUUAUUUUCGAUUAAAUCAAGUUUGAUUCAAGAUGCAGGGAGUUUCAUGGCCUUAAAAUUUGCGCACCACAUUUUAAAUACCACCAUGAAGUGCAUUUUUAUUGUUGAUAUUGUUUAUGAAGUUUAAAGGUUCAUGAUGAUGUUGCAGGUAAUAAACCUCCAGUGUUAAAAGCAGUUUCUUCAGUUGUGGUGGAGGAUAUGAUGAAUUGCAGGCUAUAAUUGUGACCUAAUGGGUUAAAGUUCUGUUUCUGAUGUUUAGAGAGCUUCUAGCCUAAAUGUAAAGUGCCUCUUUUACACAUUCCAUGAGCAAAUGUUCUUUGCCUCAAAAAUAGCUGGGAUGCUACUUUUUUUUUUUUUUUUUUUUUACAUUUUUUUAUGACUUGUUGCUUGUAUCCACAAUGGUGGAAGCAGUGAUUGUCGUUGGUUAACAGUAUAGACGCAAAGAAAGUAAAGAGAGUUGAAUGUAUUUUGUUUUUGAUUAACAGCCAUUGCUGUUCACUACAGUAAUUUUUAUGAGUUUAUAUAAGAUUGAUGUCUCUUUUGUAAUGACUGAUUGCAGUUAAAACCAAUAAAACCCAUAUUUUUGGAAAGAAAA